AUGAAGUUCAUUUCACUUAUCCUUGGAGUCUGCUCUGUUAUCCUGACCUCAAUUGCUACACCGAUCGUUGAAGUUGAUGGAUUGAGUGCUCGUAAAUCACCGCCGGGUGAGGUUCACUGUUGUAGCCCUACGUGGCGCCCAGAAUGGAAGCCAGCUAGACUACUUGCAUUCCAAUAUGUAGACUAUGACGACCCAAAAUCGUUGUCUUAUGAGGGCAAACCUCCACCUAUGAGAGAGCUCGAGCCUGGUACUUGUAUGUCCUCGUGGUCCUUCGAUCAUCCGUCGUCACAGAAGGAAAAUGGUUGUUGGGACGAAUCCAUUUUGGAGUUUUGUAAUGACAACCCUUACAAGAUUCUUGUAUCGAAGAGUGAUGUUUACCAGUUCUUGCGGCAAAUCAAGUUGGAGUGUGAAAUUACCCAUGAUAUGUAUUGUGGCCAGGUUUUCAAUUUCAAUCGGUUCAAUGUUGCAUUCAGAGCUUGUGAGGGCACUUCUGGAGACCCGGAUGACGACACACCUACUCCCGGAGACUCGAACGACACACCUGACCCGUCUCCAUUAGUUACAUCCUCCAGACUGUACACUGCAAAACCGACAGGAAUCCCCCAUCCCAUAGUCUCAGCAGGUAUCCCCGAACCUCCAGCCACAACGAGAGUAGUCACCAAGCCCACAGGCGUGAUAAUCAUCAAACGAGAUCCGCUUAAGAAAGAGGAUACUUUGGGAAAGCGUGUCACAGCUGGAACCCACUGCUGUGACUCCCAAUGGCGUCCCGAAUGGGAGCAUGGUUUCACGAAUCAAUUUGAUUCAGAUCUUAAAUCGAUCACAAAAUGGAGCGAAUUAUCUCCGGGAUGUCAACACGUCAGCUCAUGUGACUAUGGCACUAUAACCGAGCUCUGUAACGAUAAUCCUGAAAUGAUCAAAGUUGAUGGUGCAACUUUGAAGGGUUACAUGGAGGAAAUCAAGAAUAAAUGCUCGACCACAGGAAAUGGAAAACGAAAUACUGUGUGCGGACAGCAUAUUGAUUCUGACGGGGUCAACGUUAUCAUGAGAGGUUGCAUGAUUGGCACAGAAUUGCCCGUGAGAGACGAGAAGACAAUAGAGCAAGUCGAAGGUCCGGUUGAUAAGACGAAAGAAGAGGAUAACGAGUCCAAAAAGGACAAAGUACAUUGUUGUGGCCCUAACUGGCGUCCAGAAUGGCGCGGAGUAGAUCGAGCAACUUUUCGCAAAUCAUUAUCGUUUUGGCCAUUAACUAAAGACAAGGAAGCAGGCGAGUUGACCCUGUCUAUACCACCCGGAUGCAUAACUGGGGGCGGCGUACUAGAGUUCUGCAACGAUAACCACGAAAUCAUCAAACCUACUCAUGGUUAUCUGCAAGGCCUCGUGGGUGAUAUUGUUGAGAAUUGCAGGACUGGGACGCCUGGAAAAAACCAAGCCACGGAAUCGGAAACUAUUUGUGGACAACGUUUUGACCCCGGAGGGUUUAAUGUUGUCGUUAGAGACUUGAGUCCACAUGAAAAGCGAGAAGCGAAUUUAGUUGGAGCGGAGGACAUUAAUGUGAUUGUGAAGGAAAAGGAGAAACGUGACAAUAAUAAGGAACGGCCUCAAGACAUAGACCUCCAUUGCUGUAACCCCACAUGGCGCCCAGAAUGGCAGGGAGCAGAUUUAAAAUGGCUCCAUAUCACUAUGGAUUUAAUUAGGCGAUGGGCGACUGGCGAGAAAGACAAAGCCCCAAAAGUUCAGAUGACCCCGGGGUGUAUUAAACUUGCUGGAGUUGUAGAACUGUGUAAUGACGGCGAUGAACCUGUUGCUGUUUCUUCAGAUUCCAUAAUUGGGUAUCUAGAAGAAAUGGAGUAUCAUUGUGGUACUGGCAAGCUUGGAUUCUGGAAUGCACUAAAGGCGCAUACUGUUUGUGGACAGCGUUUUUUCCCUGGUAAUCCACGUCUAAACGUUGUAGUAAGAGAUAGAACAGCAAUGAAAAAAAGAGAAGUACACACCAUAGGUGCGAGAGAUGUCAGUUCGGCUACGGCAGGAAUCGAUAACAAUUUGGUGGUCCGUAAGGAUAAACCCCCCGAAAUCCAUUGCUGUGGUCCCAACUGGCGUCCAGAAUGGCUUGGAGCAGAUAAAGAAAAGCUUCAAGGUGGUUUGGAGGAAUUCAGGAAGAAUCAUGCUAAUGGCCGAACACUGGACAAAGACCCCGGAUGUGGUUAUUUUGGGCGCGUAAUAGAGUUAUGUAAUGAUGCGGCUCAACCAGUUAGUAUCAAUGGUACCGUCUUGUACAAUACUCUGAAAGCCAUUGAGGCUCGAUGCACUUCUGGUGGCCCAGGAAUAUGCUCAGAGGACAAGGUUGUGAGAGUCUGUGGACAGGUUACUUAUCCCGGAGGUAUAAACAUGAUGAUAAGAGAUGUGGGAAAGUCAAAGAGAGCAGUAGAAAUAGCGGGUGCAGAAGAUGUCAGUAUGAGCACGGUAGACAUGGAGAACAGCCUAGCUCUACGUGAGGAGGAUGAGGAGGACCUUCACUGUUGCAGCUGUGAUUACCGUCCGGAUUGGUACCAAGAAGCUAUGUCAAAGAAGCUGACAAAAGCUCUUGAUUUCACUAAAGCUGUGACUUUAUUCAAUCAAUUUUUCCCCGCUGAUGAUAGUAUAGUUCCGUUCUUCCCCCCAGGUAGUCAAUAUCCAAUUCCUUGUGAAGAGGGGGAGGGCGUGAUAGAACUUGUCAACGAAACCGAGGAGAUCAUUACCAUCGAGAAGCAAGUUGUUCAGCGUUACCUCCAUCGUGUCUAUGAAGACUGUGGAGGAAGAGGCGCCAAUCCUCUGAGAGCAAGGGAAAACCCGGAAAACAUGUUUAAUCACUAUGCCCCGUACGCGCCUCCCACUAAGCUUAACCGCCCUUGUGGCCAGAACCUCAAUUAUGGUGGCUGGAGCGUGGUUUUACGCGCUUGCGACGUAGAUGGACCACUUGAUCGGCGUUCCAACAUUCUUGAGAAUCCUAUCAUCUCAUUGGAAGGACCUAGUAGUGAGCCGACUGACAUUAUUUUGGCCCCCCGUGAAGUUGAUGUAGACUAUCGUUCAGACUGGAAGGAACAGAUGGGCCCCGGCCUCUAUUUCGACGAUGCUUUCGCAGAGUUCAACGCACUGUUACUAGCGGAUGACACUACAGCUACAAUCUACCCUGGAUGUGCAAAAUUUCCAAUAGACUGCAAAAGUGGCCAAAUAGAAGUCUGCAAUGAUACCCAUGAUAUCAUUAACGUGGAGAAACAUGUUAUCAUGAAUUACCUUCAAAGUGUUCACCAUGAAUGUGGAGAUGGGUACGCCCACACUGCUACGUGGGACGUCAAGAUUCCUCGAGAAGCUCAUAACUGGGAGUUCUCGGACUGGGGACCACAAGAGGUGCCUGCUGGUGGUUACCAGACAUGUGGACAGAGAUUCAAUUAUGGAGGUUGGAACGUGGUUAUGCGUGGCUGUGAUAAGAAGUGA